AUGCAAGGUGUAACCACUGCUUCUCACAAUCACAUUCAUUUACCAGACAAAAAAUCACUUUCAAACGUUGUUGCCUCCAGAGGGAGUCUCGACGACUUCACCGAAAUAGCACCCUUGGGAGUGGGCGCGUACUCGGCUGUGUAUAAAGUAUUGCGGAAAUCGGAUCAAAAGGUGUAUGCAUUGAAGAGAGUUAAACUACCGAGUUUGUCGGAGAAGGAGAAGGAAAACUCUUUAAAUGAAGUUAGGCUGCUGGCCAGCAUCAAGCAUGACUCAGUGAUUGCAUACAAGGAGGCUUUCUUCGUUGAUCGGGGUCAUCAGCUGUGCAUAGUAACCGAGUACGCAGAUGGAGGAGAUCUCUUCCAAAAGAUUGUAAAAUACAGAAAGAGUAGAUUGUUUAUGCGAGAGGACGACAUCUGGCGUAUCUUCAUCGGGAUGUGCUACGGCCUGAAGGCCCUCCACGACUUAAAGAUUUUGCACAGGGACUUGAAGAGCGCCAACGUUUUCCUAACGCGCGGGGGCGAUGUCAAACUCGGCGACUUCAACGUUUCCAAAGUCGCUAAGCGUGGCCUCCUUUACACCCAGACGGGAACGCCUUACUAUGCGAGUCCAGAAGUGUGGAGAGACAAGCCGUAUGAUAUCAAGAGCGAUAUCUGGUCGCUGGGCUGUGUGCUGUACGAGAUGGUCUCCCUGCGGCCUCCUUUUCGCGCUGACGAUAUGGAGGGUCUGUACAGGAAGGUCCUCCGAGGGGCUUUCCCCCGCAUACCGCCAUGUUUUAGUUCGGACCUUUCACAGGUGAUAAGCAUGCUACUAGUGGUGAACCCCAAACGCCGACCGACCAUAUCCCAACUCUUGCAACAACAAGUCAUGCAACACCACAUACGGGAGAUCCGCGAUGAUCCUCUAUUGAUGAACCCAUCAGUGAUGGAGAAUAACUGUUGUGGCGGCCUUCUGAAUACCAUCAAGUUCCCAAGGGACGCCAGUGCGACAGAUCUCGCGAGAUACUGCAUACCAGAAUCGGAUAUAGUCCUCAGGGAGGCCCAGAGACUUGUCGACGACGCAAGAUCCCGCGUUCCCAAUUCACAGCGUCGACAUCCCUUACAAGGACCUCGACGGCAUCAGUACGGCGGCUCCCCCAAUAUGCGUGUUCCUAAUAUUUACCGCCGGGCCAGUGUUGUCCAUAAUGGAAGGACUCCAACUCAGCAUUACGGCAUUAACCACAGUGGAACGCCCGCCUCGUUGGGGGGAAUUCCAUACCGAUGCAGAGGAGGGGGAGGACUUUCAGCUGCCUACCAUCACGGAGGCCCUUCGAGAGGCAUAAGCAACCCUCGUUACGUCCUGGCGCCUAUCCCCCACCCAACCAGCGUCAACAAAAUGGUCUACCUCGACAAUCGAAGAGGUUCCAGAGUGUAA